CAUCCUUUCUCGCCACCACCACUAGCGCUGCGCCCUUGAUGUGUCUCCAUGAAAUGUAAGCGCUGAUUCCAAAAUCACCCUUCACACUUGUAAUGCAUCACAGUGUCGGUGACUAUUGGACAGGGUGUGGUCACUUUCACGGAAGAUAUUUCACCGGUGUAACCUCCGACUGUGGUUCCUUACGGUGUAAGACGAGUACGUCUCACAUGCACAAGACGGCGCGGAAUUGUGGGUGCCCCUCGGUGGUGACAGAAGACCGCCGCGUGCAAAAUUUGUACCGAACACGUCAUCCUGACUGUGUACGACCGUCAGGGUAAAUCUAGUCGAUUGCUACCUUGUAUUGUAUAUGGGCGCAUGGUGUACCCUAGCUGACGUCCGAAUGUCAUCCCACAUCGGAAUACCUAUAUCCCAAAUUCUUCUCUUGUAUUUGUACGUUAUGAUUUGUAGCCUCACGGGUGUUGGAU